AUGUAUUUAUAUACAUACACAUGUACAUUGAUCUUACAUACAACAUAUAUUGGUACAAAUCUAUCUAUCUAUCUAUCUAUCUAUCUAUCUAUCUAUCUAUCUAUCUAUCUAUCUCAGUUAUUAUCUAUACAUCACAACCUGUCUAUAUUUAUCUCAGUUCUUUUCUGUAUUUCACAAUCUGUUCAUAUCUAUCUAUCUAUCUAUCUAUCUAUCUAUCUAUCUAUCUAUCUAAUAAUAUACAUUUCUGCAAUUAUAAAAUUUAAGUGGAAAGCAAAAUUCUGGCAGUAUUUCACGGUGAUUCACUUUCACCACUCCUCUUCCGUCUUCCUCUAUUUCCCUCUCCUCUUCCUUCUUCUUUUCCCUUCUUCUCUUCAUUCUUUCUCUAUUCCCCUCCCCUCUUCCGGCUUUCUCUUUUCCCUUCUUCUUUCCGUCUUCCUCUUUUCCUUUCUCCUCUUCAGUCUUUCUCUAUUCCCUUCCCCUUUUCCGUCUUCCUUUUUUCCCUUAUCCUCUUCCGUCCUCCUCGUUUCCCUUCUCCUCAUCCGUCUUCCACUUUUUCUAUAUCCUCUUACGUCUUCCUCUUUUCCUCUCUUCUCUUCCGCUUUUCUCUUUUGCUCUCUCCUCUUCCUUUUUUUUCCCUUCUCCUCUUCCGUCUUUCUCUUUUCUCCUCUCCUCGUCCGUUUUCCUCUAUUCCCCUCUCCUAUUCCGUCAUUCUUUUUUCCCUUCUCUUCCGUCUUUCUCAAUUCUCCUCUUCCGUCUUUCUCUUUUCUCCUCUCCUCGUCCGUCUUCCUCGUUUCCCCUCUCCUCGUCCGUUUUCCUCUAUUCCCCUCUCCUAUUCCGUCUUCCUCGUUUCCCUUCUCCUCUUCCGUCUUCCUCUUUUCUCCUUUGUCCAAAUAG